CACGAGGCGCUGAUGGGCGGCAGGUGUGCCGCUCUGAUUUCCUCCAUCUCCAUGGCGACGCUGAUUGUGCCAGGGGUGACUCGUCACAGUUGGUCUUCGUGUGUGUUUUUAGACGCAGCUUGCGUCAUCACUGAGUUGAAGACGCACAAAGUAGUAAGUCGUUGUACGGAGAGGAGGAGGAGUCGUCGUCGUCGUCGUCGUCUAGCUGAAGCAAUUGAUUGUUCUGUCUUAGAAGUUUUGAUAAAAUGGAGGACCAUGCGUAUUGUGCACAAGAGCCGACAGAGCGUGAAUCUCCGUCGUCAAAGAAGCACAAACGUGAUGCUGCCAGACGAGUUAGAGACAAACGGCGGCAGAAAUCCAGGAUAAACAUCGGUGUAUCUAUUACCAGAUGGAAGGCAGUGUUGAAAGACAAAUGUUUUCAAGGCGAUGCCGAAGUUGCCUGUUUUCUGCUAGACUGGCUGGCGGGUUGUAAUUUCCUGCCAGAAUCCUGCAAAAUGUUGGCCUCAUCUCUCAAGUCAAUAAACUCAACCCUGAGAGAACUGAAUCUGAGCUACAAUAAAAUAGGUGAUAGUGGAGUCGGUUAUCUCUGUGCUGGACUUAUAAGUCCCAACUGUAGACUCCAGAUACUAAAGUUGAAGCGCUGUGGCCUUACAGAGUCUUGCUGUGCAACUCUGUCAUUAGUUUUGAAAUCACCUAACUCAAAAUUGAUUGAGUUAGAGCUGAAAUGCAAUGACCUGCAGGAUUCUGGUGUGAAAAAGCUCUCAGGUGGACUGGAGAAUCCACAAUGUAGAAUAGAGAAACUGGGAUUGUCAGGUUGUAUGAUCACAGAGGAAGGGUGCAGGUCUUUAGCCUCAGCUCUGAACUCAAACCCUGGUCAUCUGAGAGAGCUUGAUCUGAGCUACAACCACCCUGGAGACUCAAAGGAAGAAUUGUUCCCUGCUAAACAACAGGAUCCACAUUUUAAACUGAAUCUUGACUAUGGAGGAAAGGGUCGAAUGGAGCCCUGUCUGCGAAAAUAUGCCUUUCAGCUCACAGUGGAUAAGAACACAUUACACCCACGCCUGAUACUGUCUGAGGACACCCAAACAAUAUCAGAAACUACAGUGGAGCAGAAAUAUCCUGAUCAUCCUGAUAGAUUUAAAUUGUUUCCUGAGUUUCUGUGCACAGAGCCUCUGUCUGGGCGGUGUCAUUUUGAGGUGGAGUACAAAGGUGGGAUUGCGGUGGCAGUGGCCUAUAAAACUUUGGAUAGAACAGAGCACAUAAUGGGUGUUAAUAACAAGUUCCCCAGUCUUCACUGUCUGGAUGGUAAUCUGAAACUUUGGCAAAAUAAUGAGAGUACAUGUGAGUUCCCUGUAUCUGCCAGGUCGACCAGAAUAGCAGUUUAUGUAGACUGGGCAGCUGGCAGUUUGACAUAUUACAGCAUUCGUAAUGGCACGCUCAUUCACCUGCACACACACCACAAUUCAUUCACUCAUGCUUUAUACAUAGGGUUUAUUCUUCUUCCUAACUCCUCAGUAACUCUGUGUCCACGAACACAGAUUUUUUGAAGCACACUAGUUUAUAGAUAACCUUAACACUACCAUAUAUUCAUACUAAAAGCUACAUAAUUUACAUUUUUAUUUUAUGGUGAAUUUAAAUCAGGCUUAUUCCAUCAAAUAAUAUUUUUUAACUGAUCCAAAAAUACAUUAAAACAUUAGCAUUGUGUUGUUUAAACAGGAAUAUGAACUUGCUUUUGCAGUACUCAAGAUAUGAAAACAUCGCAUCCUUUUAUUAUUAUUAUAAUAUUAUAAUUUUGCUUAAACAUGUACCUAUAAAUAGUAUUUUUAGAAAAACUGAAAAUAAUUAUGCAUGGUGGCUUAAUUUUCUGUGAGAGGUAUUGUAAUAAGGUUCAAUAAAACGGAAGGAAGGAGGCGGGAACCGGCGAACAUUCAAAACAUUUAAUCAAAAAUAAAUAAAUAAUAAACAGCAGUAAAACAGGCCGGCAGCCCCUCACGGACGACUGCCGGCCACACAAACAAACAAAACUUAGCAUUUCAGGGCCCGGUCCUCUCUCGUCGGCAGUCCUGCCGCUUGUCCUCUUAUGCUCCCGAGCUCCCCCGUGAGGCAUGCGGGACCGGUGCGCGUACAGCUGAUACUCGUUAUCACUCACGCCACCGGCCCCGCCUUCCUGCCCCACGGCUCUCGUCCCGCCUUCCUCGCUACAGGUUUGUUUAGGGGUAGGUGAGAAUAUAGAGUUUGUACAGUAUAAAAGUCUUAUGUCAACAUUUAUGUGGAAAGUCUACAUAAAACAUGAAAACCCAGCUUGUGUACGUGUGUGUAUAUGUAAUUAUGCUUUUUAAAGUGAUAACGUUAUUUACCAAGGUUGCAUUUAAAUGAUCAAAAUAAUUAUUUUUAUACAUUUACAAUUUUUAUAGAAUAAAAAUUACAGUUAUACAAUUAUUAUGAUACAGAGGACUAUUCAUAUUUUAAAUACAUGCUAUGGUUUAAACUGCUUGUUAAAAAGGAUUCUUAGUUUGCAAUAAUGAGAGCAACUACUUGCAUUUUGAAAGUUAAUAAAAAUAUUCAACUGAAGUUUCUCUGUUUCACUUUCUACAGCACUUGUCGUAGGUGUGGUUGAAAUUGGUGCUCCUCACUUUCCUGUCCCUAUACAAAAGCUUAAACUAACACUGUGUCUACACCGGACACGGCAUGGCGCGAUUGUGAUGCGACAAAAACAGUAAAACGCAUUAGAACCCAUUAUAAUUCUAAAUUUUGUCCACACUGGAUGCGUCGCAUGACAGCCCUGUGUUCUGUUUGUGCAUAAGGUUUGGAUCCUGGCAGCCUUGUUCUAGCCUUGGUUCUUGGUGUCAGGAUCUAAAACUUAUGCUAUGUGUUUUUUUGUUGAGUUUGAUGUUGCAUGUGUGUGAAAGCACAUGACCUCUGGUUGCUGUCCCGUGUUUCCUUGUUAACCAUCCAGUUAUUAGUUUAUGCCCUUCCAUUCUGUUUCUUCAUUAUGAAAUCUUCUAUUGCUCAUGUUUGCUCUAUUGUGUGGGUUUGUUUUCUAGAUUUGUAAAUCUUACCAAAUUAAGAUACUGCCUGUCUUUUGUUUUGAGUUUAGUCACUUUUGAGUUUUGUUCAGCUUUCUGUUUCACCCACUUGUGGGUAUUGAUGCCAGCUCUGUUCUGAGUUUGACUUUGUUAAAAACGUUUUUAUAAUAAUAAUAACUUUGUUUUGAUAUAGCGCCUUUAAAGUAGCUUCUCAAGGCACUUUACAUAAAACAAGUAAAUGAUAAUACAACACACACACACAAAGAAAAAAACAGGUCAUAUGCAUAUAUAAAUAGAUACAUAAAAGUCAGGAAAAAGCUAACCUAAAAAAAUACGUUUUUAAAUAAGAUGUAAAAAUAUUGAAAUUCUAUGUUUCUAUGAUGUGCAGAAGCAGUGCAUUCCAAAGCCAAUGAGUGUAGGAUGAAAAAGCCCUGUCCCCUACAGAAUGCAACCGUGUCUGUGGGGCUGCCAAUAAACCUAAUUGUGAGGAGCGUAGAUGGCGCUUAGGUGUGUAUAAGGUUAAAAGUACAGAAGGUUCUGAGGGGCCAGACCAUGCAGUGCCUUAUAUGUAAGCAUGGGGACUUUAAAAUCAACUCAGAACCUGACCGGAAGCCAGUGCAGAGACUUUAGAAUUGGUAUAAUAUGCACAUUUCUCCUGACUCCAGUCAGGAUUCUAGCAGCUGAAUUUUGCACAUAUUGCAAUUUGUCAAGUGUGGUUUUGGGAACCCCAGCAAGAAGUGCAUUGCAAUAGUCAAUAAGUAAAAAAACAAAAGUAUUAAUAAGCCUUUCAGUAACAGAAAGGGAUAACAUAGAGUGGAGUCUAGCAAUAUUUCUGAGAUGAAAAUAGGAGUUCUUUACAGUGUACUGAACAUACGAGUCAAAAGACAAACUUGAAUCAAAUAUAACUCCUAGAUUUUUUAAUUUGGGUUUGUUAUUCCAAAACAGAGCCAUCAACAUUUAAAAAUAGUGAGCCAGCUUUACGAAGCUGUUGGGAGGUGCCAAUAAGCAAGACAUCAGUCUUAUAACUAUUAAGAUACAGAAAGUUUUGGGACAUCCAUGAUUUUAUCUCAGAAAUACAAUGUGUUAAAAAACGAACAUUACAAUUUUGACUAGGCUUAGAGUGAAUAUAAAUAUGAGUAUCGUCUGCAUAAAAGUGAUAAUUAAGCCCAAGUGAUCUUAAAAGCAAUCCAAGUGGAAAUAUGUAAAUGCUAAAAAGUAAGGGGCCUAAAAUUUAACUUCGAGGAACACCUGUACCGACAAAACCGGUAACCACGCAUACAUACAAACUGUUGACGAUCAGAGAGGUAAGAUCUAAACCAUG